AUGAGCAGCCACGGCAACAGUCUGUUCCUGAGAGAGAGCGGCAUGGGUGGUGUGGGCUGUCUGCAGGGCCUGCAGGACAGUCUGCAGCAGAGAGCAUUGCGCACGCGCCUGCGUCUUCAGACCAUGACCCGAGAGCACGUGCGGCGUUUCCUGCGCAGGAAUGCCUUCAUCCUGCUCACAGUCAGCGCAGUGAUCAUUGGGGUCAGCCUGGCAUUCGCCUUGCGCCCAUACCAGCUCUCCUACCGCCAGAUCAAGUACUUCUCUUUUCCUGGUGAGCUGCUCAUGAGGAUGCUACAGAUGCUGGUGCUUCCCCUCAUCGUCUCCAGUCUUGUCACAGGUAUGGCAUCCCUGGACAACAAGGCGACAGGGAGGAUGGGAAUGCGGGCAGCUGUGUACUACAUGGUGACCACAGUCAUUGCGGUUUUCAUCGGGAUCCUAAUGGUCACCAUCAUCCAUCCUGGGAAGGGCUCCAAGGAGGGGCUGCACCGUGAGGGCCGCAUCGAGACUGUCCCAACAGCUGAUGCUUUCAUGGACCUGGUCAGAAAUAUGUUCCCACCUAACCUUGUGGAGGCCUGCUUCAAACAGUUUAAGACACAGUACAGCACACGAGUGGUAACCAGGACGAUUGUAAGGACAGAAAAUGGGUCAGAGCUGGGAGCCUCCAUGUCUCCCCCAUCUUCAGUAGAGAAUGAAACCAGCAUCCUGGAAAAUGUCACUCGGGCCUUGGGCACCCUGCAGGAGGUGAUAAGCUUUGAGGAGACUGUGCCUGUGCCUGGCUCAGCCAAUGGCAUCAAUGCCUUGGGUCUAGUGGUCUUCUCCGUGGCCUUUGGGCUGGUCAUUGGUGGCAUGAAGCACAAAGGGCGAGUCCUGAGGGACUUCUUCGACAGUCUUAAUGAGGCUAUUAUGAGGCUGGUGGGCAUUAUUAUCUGGUAUGCACCAGUGGGCAUCCUGUUCCUGAUUGCUGGGAAGAUUCUGGAAAUGGAAGACAUGGCGGUCCUUGGAGGUCAGCUGGGCAUGUAUACCCUGACCGUCAUCGUUGGCUUAUUCCUCCAUGCUGGUGGCGUGUUGCCCCUCAUCUACUUCCUCGUCACCCAUCGGAACCCCUUCCCAUUCAUUGGGGGCAUGCUACAGGCCCUCAUCACGGCCAUGGGUACCUCUUCCAGCUCUGCAACCCUGCCUAUCACUUUCCGCUGCCUGGAGGAGGGCCUGGGCGUGGACCGACGCAUCACCAGGUUCGUGCUGCCUGUGGGGGCUACUGUCAACAUGGAUGGUACUGCACUCUACGAGGCCUUGGCAGCCAUCUUUAUUGCUCAAGUCAACAACUAUGAGCUCAACCUGGGCCAGAUCACCACAAUCAGCAUCACAGCCACAGCUGCCAGUGUAGGAGCAGCUGGCAUCCCCCAGGCAGGACUGGUCACCAUGGUGAUUGUGCUCACAUCCGUCGGCCUGCCCACAGAGGACAUCACGCUGAUCAUAGCUGUGGAUUGGUUCCUUGACCGGCUUCGUACGAUGACUAAUGUACUUGGAGACUCAAUUGGAGCGGCUGUCAUUGAGCAUUUGUCCCAACGGGAGCUGGAGCUGCAGGAGGCUGAGCUGACCCUUCCCAGCCUGGGGAAGCCUUAUAAGUCACUCAUGGCACAAGAAAAGGGGGCAUCAAGGGGUCGGGGAGGUAAUGAGAGCGUCAUGUGA